GUUAAAAGUUAAAUUGCUAAUGCCUAAUAUUGCUAUCUCGAAUCUGAAAAUAUAAAAGAGUUAAAUAUAAAAAAAUAUAUAUUUCAUACAAUGUUUUAAUUAAAUGUUAAAAUAUGAAUUCAACAAAACAAGACCGGAAACAUUUGAGCGUAUCCACAUAUUGCUAUAUGAAUUAUAAAAUGUUUUGAUAUGAAUUUUCAACAUGUUAUUUUUGUUAUUCAAUUAUAAUUAUGUACUGCAUUGUAUCGAAGUUUUUUUAAGAUAAUGAAUAAAAAAAACUACAACAUGUUUUUACGACGUAGAUUUUGUAAGCGAGUUAUCUUGAUAGUAACGGCAUUUGCUGUAUCGUUUUACGCUUCUGUUCUUUUAUUUGGCGGCUUAAAAGGCCCACAAGUGAUGCAACUCACAGAUCUGAAUCGUUGCCCAGCUUGCUACGGGGUUUCCGUUUGUCCUGAAUUAUAUUCAAAUCAGAUAACAUUAGAAUCUUCUCAUUGGUCUAACAUGUUUAAUGCUAAGAACAUAUUUUAUGGAUACACAAAAUCGAACAGACGUGUUGUAUUAAAAAAACUUGCACAUGAUUGGGAAUUAAGCGAAUUUGAUAGAAAAAUUUGCAAAGCUUUCCAUUUAAAACACAAUUGUAAGCCCAUUGAACUCCUUAAUGCUUCUAAUAUUGAUGAUAAAGUAUUGAAAACUGUGGAAUACAAUAUAACUUGGCCUGAUAGUGAGCCGAGAAAAGGAUUAGUUUUGUGCCCAUAUGCAUAUAGUUUGUAUGAGUUACUACAACCUAUUAUAAACAGCAGAAAAGGCAAUUAUAAAUCUGAAAUGUUGAAUAUUUGGACAAUACUAAAUAUUAACCCAGAGCCAAUUAUUUUGCAGGUGAUACCAAAGUCUAAAGGGUGGCCAGUUCCACCUUAUGGAGGAGUGUGUGGGAGAUUGGAAGUUGUUGGCUAUGAAGGAGAACCUCUUUCAACUCUUCACCAUAUAGCAUGGCACAGGAAACUGAAGUAUGCACAGAAAAUAUUAGAAGCUGCUAUGGAUUUUACUUUUAAACAUGACAGAUUCCGUUUUUAUCUCAUGGAUUGGUCUCUAGAUAACAUAGUCGCUAAUGAAAAGGAUGAUAUAACAUUCAUAGAUUUAGAAGAUUUGGUAAUACUUGACAAACAUAUAUCCCCUAAAAAAGAUCUGCCUGACUGGUAUAAACGCUACAGCCGAGACAUUAUUGAUUCAGGAUUUACAUUUUCAAUUGAAAAUAUGUGUAAACAUCAUCUCAGUGAUCAUAACUUAUGGGCAGCUUGUUAUAUUCUGGCCGGUGAUGAAAAUCCAUUAUUAUAUCCUAUACCAAAAGAGAUUAAUUCAUCGAGACCUCAUUUUGAUACACUAUUAAGUGCCUGUCUUAACGGUAAUGACAGAUUUCGAACAAUCAGCAAGCUCCAACAUGUUAUCGAGGAAAUGUUGACAGAUAAACUGGUUUUAGGAUUUGGAAUAAGAUGAGUAAAUUAAUCUUGGUUUUUUUUUAAAUUAUCUGUGAUAUUAAUAUUGUAUAUUAUUUAGUAUGUCUAUUUUGUUUUUUU